AUGUCCCGUGAUCCAUGGGUAUCUACUUGGCAAACCUGUUCACGCUCGCGUCGAAGGUCUGGAAUUUCAUCUAGCAGUUCUCCGGGCUUCGUUGGACAUACAAUUAUGGCAAAUCCAAAUACUCUUAUGCAAGGAACUGAUGUUCUACAUGUUGGAACCCCACACCCCGAGCAAUUGCAGUCUAUUUUGGGUUCAUAUCUUCCAAAUACUAUUCAAACUUCUAUCCCGACUCAGUCACGGCCGUUUGUUUUUGCUGAAGAUUUCGAGGAUAUGGACGUUGCCAGUACUAAUUUAACCUGCAGCAACAACCCACUUGAUAGUCAUUCAACCGUCAUUAACACUGUCAAUAUAUCCACCAGCAAUUCUGUGAGACUUACAUGUGCUUUACCACUUGGUUCUCAUCGCUUAGAAAAUAGUCGAGUGAUGGAAACUGGUAUUUGCGAUCCAUAUUCAUCGCGCUCGACUGAACAUGUUAAUUGA